CUGCCUCCAACUGUCCCGCUAAAUCUGCCCAAACGUGUCCAUCCACCCCACUCCACCAUGCAGGCGGCCUUUUUCUUCUGAUUGCCGGUCACCUCUCCGUUCUAGGGUUUGCAAAGCAACGCAGAAAAUGGACAGCGAUGCAGGGCAGUGGUCCCAUCUCCCGAAGGAUCUGCUAGCGAAGAUCGCCGGACGCCUCGACACCCGCAUCGAUUUUCUCCAUUUCCGCGGCGUCUGCUCUUCAUGGAUGUCGUCCGUUUCCCCUACCUUUCCCAGAAAAAACCCUAUCUUGUCUCUGAAACUCCCGUACCCCAUUGCCUCCAAUGCCAACCUCAACAUCUGUGACCCCGACACCCGCAACCCUCACGGCUCCUUUUCCCUCAUCGAGUCCACUCUCUAUUAUCUUCAACCACUCCGCCAAACCCCAGAUUCCAAAGAGGCCCUGUUGGUUAAGUUGGAGGAGCCUAAACCAGGGAAAGGCCGUCUUAUGGACACCCUCUCCAGAUGCGCCAUCCAGCAUCUGCCCAAAAAUUUCCCCAAGGUUCUCAAUACCCUCAACUUUCGAGUCCGUGAAGUUGGUAAAGCUUAUGGUCUUCGUUUCUUUGAUGUUCGGGGUAAGCCUAUUACUAGCUUUGAGUUCAAAUCUAUUUUGAUCAAGAAAGUAAUUAUGUUCUCGAAGGGUGAUGAGUAUGGUUUGAUGAUGAUUCAUAUUAGAGGGAGGCUGGCUCUAUGGAGAUUGGGGGAGGAGAAAUGGAGUUUGAUAGAUGAUGGGGCAGAGAAAUCUCAUUUUGAUGAUGUUAUAUACUAUAAGGGGAGAUUCUAUGCUAUUGAUUAUAAAGGAAGAAUCGUGGUGAUUGAUGCUGACUCUCUGAAAGCCACAGAGCUUGCGUCUCCGGUGCAUGGUAGCAGGGGUACUCACAAGCAUUUUGUGGAGUCAUUUGGGGAACUGUUUUUGGUUGAUAAGUACCUAGAUGAUGAACUUCAAAUCUUUUGUAAUGAUUAUAGCGACAUAGUUGCUGAUGUCCCUGAUUAUCCUGUUCAUUUUGAGGUCUUUAAGUUCAUUGAGGAGGAGCAGAAGUGGGAUUGGGUAAGCGACAUUGGCGACAGAGUGUUGUUUGUGGGUGAUGACCGCACCUUUUCUCUCUCGUCUACCGACUUCCCUGGAUUCAAGGGGAACUGCGUUUAUUUCACCCAAGACUGUUUCUGUGAAGAAGAUGAUGAUCGUCCCGGGUUUGAUGCUGGCAUAUUCGAUUUAGAGGAGCGCAUUGCUGGGCCACUAUCGGCUUUCCCAGGGUAUUCUAAGAUCUUUUGGCCACCCCCAGCUUGGCUUAGGCCACAAAGAAGCUAAAUGCAAGUGAGGUUUUGAAAGAUUUUCUGUUUAUAUGAAAUGGUAAGCAGCUCCAUAUUGAAGAAAGAACUGUUUUUUUAUUCUAUAACUAAGCAUUCUUGUCUGGAUAUGAUCUUUGCAGGUAAGCUGUCAAAAGGGUAUUUUGCAGUUGUAGAUAUGGAAUGCAGUGGGUAGCAUUAAGCUUUAGUUCUUUUUUGGGCUUUGGUUUCAGCUAAGUAGAUGGUGCUUCUGAAUUUCUGAAGUUUUUGGAUACUAUAAUGGUUUCUUUAGUUCAACUUUUAAGGAUCUAUUUCUUGGGUGACUGGAUUGUGCUUCUGAAUCUUUUAAGGCCUGUGAUGUUAUGCUUGGUUUCUUAGUAUUAGACUGAAAUUUCCUAUGA